AUGACCAUCAACCCCACAUUCCUCGCCCAGCGCACUCGCUCCUCUGCCAACCUGGCCGAGGCGAAGCGUCGUGUCAUCCGGUCCUACAGAGAAUGGCUUAGAGCGUCCCCCGAGAUCCAGACUAUGUACUCCCUGGACAUGCCCGUUUCCGCCAUCCGGACAAAGAUUCGCCAGGAGUUCGAGAAGCACCGUUACGUCAGCCAAUUGAAUGUGAUCGACGUGCUGUUGUACCAGAGCCACGCCGAGUUCCAGGAAACCCUCAACUACUGGAAGCAGCUGUCGCACGUGAUGAAGUACUUCCGGCCGGAGGAGGAGCCCGGUGCUCGCCUCCCCCCCAACUUUAUCUCCGGCUUCUUGGAAGGCCGCAAUUAA